UAUGGAUCGAAAUUGAAAUUCGUUACUAAUGCCAACUCAAGACGUUUGGCGUACGCAACAAAAGGCGGUCUUACUCCGUCACCAAUAUUGAUAAGCAUUUCACCACAAAAGCUUUGAAGUAUAGUUGGAUUCUUCCUAGGGAACUUUGGGUCUUGUCUUUGCUAACCAGUGUCUGGGUCGGUCAGUAAAACCGUGUUAUGUAAUGCGCGAUCUUUCAAAUGCGGAAAUACAGAGUAUAGUCAAGCUCCAAGCUCAUAUUCGAGGUAUUCUGGCUCGCACAAGGUUCAAGAAAGCUUUACAAAUUUUUCGAAAUAUAGUAUCGGAAUGUGGUGAAUCCGAAGAUAAUUUAAGUCAGUUCCAAUACACGUUUAAUCAUUUUGGGAAGAAAAGAACAUGUUCAGUCAACAGCACCAAUACUUCUGAGAAGUUAAAACUUCCUGAGCUGUACGCUCUCAGAAACAAUCUUUUCCUCGAAGCUAUAUGGUUGGAUCAGGCUAUCAACAGUCGUCGUCAUUUUCUGAUGUAUAAACAAGACUUUAAUGCACAUUUCGAUCAAUGAGUAUUGAAAUAAAGAGGUGAAGAAGAAGAACAACAACAACAAUCAAAGUAGAAAAGUGUUAGUAGUGUUGAGUAUACAGGAAGUGCUAUACACUAUUAUUAUCUAAUACACGCAAUCAUUUAAAUGGUUUAUUCAAUGCAUACAAUGUAGCAUAUAAAUGUUUAAAACAUUUUGUUUUAUCACAUUUAUUAUAAACAAAAAAAAGAAAAAUAACCGGAUGACAUUAAUAAUAAUAAUAAUAGAGUUUAUUUAAAAACAAUAUACACAAAUUAAGGUGAACAGUGUGAUAUAAGUAAUAAUGAAAAUAAGUGGAAAAAGUUAAGAUACUAUUUAUAUUUACAAUUAAAUGAACUCAUUUUGACGGAACUUUAUUUUGUAAUUACUUAACCGUUUUUAAAUGAUUGAAUAACAUGAAAUAAAUCUACAUAGAUUAUAUGAACUCAUAAUAAUAAUAAUAAUAAU